AGCUGAACCUUGAAAGGAGGUUUCCGUCCGUUUUUCCGCCGCAGAGCAAAUCUCUGUAAUUUUCCCCUUUUAGCGAUAUCGAUAUCGCAAGCGAUAGUUGCAUCUCUCUCUAUAUCUCUCUUCACGAAUUAGCUAGUUAGGAUUCCUUGUGAAGCUAAGAGAGGUCACCGUUUCGAUACUCAAAGAUGAAAAGAGGAUACCCUAAUUCUUCACCGUCAGAUUCGUCAGGACCGCCUCAAUCUAGAGUUAAACAUAACCCAGAAGGUGAUGAUGAUAUUUUAGACGACGAGAAUACGAAAAAGUUUACCAGGACAGUAGCUGAUCAUUACAGCGCACGAUCAAACCAAACUCUUGAAGAACGUGAAGCUAGCCCAAUCAUUCAUUUAAAGAAGCUCAACAAUUGGAUCAAAAGUGUCUUAAUUCAGCUUUACACCCGUCCAAGAGAUGCUGUUCUUGAUAUGGCUUGUGGAAAGGGAGGCGAUCUGAUAAAGUGGGACAAAGCUAAGAUUGGAUAUUAUGUUGGAAUUGAUAUAGCUGAAGGCUCGAUAGAAGACUGUCGUACACGUUACAAUAGUGAUGGAGAUCAACAUCAACGACGUAGAAAAUUCACAUUUCCUGCCAGGCUCAUAUGUGGGGAUUGUUUCGAGGUUCGUCUCGAUAGAGUUUUGGCAGAAGAUGCUCCAUUUGAUAUUUGCAGUUGCCAGUUUGCGAUGCAUUACUCGUGGUCAACAGAGGCACGUGCCAGACGGGCUUUGGCCAAUGUAUCGGCUUUACUGAGGCCUGGAGGCGUCUUCAUUGGUACAAUGCCCGAUGCCAAUGUUAUCAUAAAAAAACUUAGAGAAGCCAAGGGUUUGAGUUUUGGCAAUAGUGUGUAUGGUAUACAAUUUGAUGAUGAAUUUUCUCGUAAGAAAUUCAAUGUUUCUAGCCCUUUUGGUAUAAGUUACCAGUUCCACCUUGAGGACGCGGUUGAUUGUCCAGAGUGGAUUGUUCCGUUUAAUGUAUUUAAAGCAUUGGCUGAGGAGUACGGUUUCGAUCUAUUGUUUGCAAUGAAUUCACAUGCUUUUGUCCAAGAAUACUUAAAGAAACCAGAAUACAUAGAGCUCAUGCAUAGACUUGGAGCCUUGGGUGAUGGUAAAGAUGAUCAAAGUACAUUGUCUCCAGAUGAGUGGGAGGUAGCUUAUCUAUAUCUUACCUUUGCAUUAAGGAAGAAACCUGAACCGGGAUGGAAACCUGUGAAAGGUAGAAGAGACUUGGCGAAGAUGAACAUCUCAAAAGAGGACGUUACAUUCGUCGAUUCUAGUGUUUAAAUAGUUUUAUUUGAAAAUUUUGUUAUUCUCAAGAGUUUUCUGUUUGAAAUGAACUGUUAUAAUUUUUUACUGUAUUUUGUUGUUAUAUAGACUGUAGAGUAGAAAAUUGUGAUAUGGUUGAAAAUUAUUUACUGAGAUCUUUUAGUUGAAUUUUUAGGUUGGAUUAAUAAAUUAAGAGAAACUAUCUCUUUA